AUGGCUCUGCCCUCCCGGCCGCCCAGCCGCACCUCCGAGGCCGAGAUGGCCCUUUACUACCGGCUGCUGCGGAGCGCCGCCCGCGCCGAAGCUUUGGCCGGAGCCGAAUCAGCUGCCCCAUCACGGGCCAAGGACCUUGCGGAGGACCUGAGGAAAGGAAUUGCAUUUCUUUCUGGCGGGAGAGGAAAAGGCAAGGAGUGGAUUGUCACAUUUCCUGAAAAUCCCACUUUCAGCCAAGUGCCUGAGGAGGUCAUAACAAAAGUUUUAACCUACCUCUCAUGGAUCCCAAGCCAACGCAGACCAGAAAGCAAAUUUAUUCUCAUCCUGGACAGAAGGUUAGAUACCUGGAUAUCGAUCAAAAUGGCUCUCCAAAGAAUAGCAACUUCUUUUCCUGGGAAUCUCCACCUUGUGAUGGUCCUACGUCCCACUGGGUUUUUCCAGCGCACUUUUACCGACAUUGGUUUCCGGUUUAGCCAAGAGGACUUCCUUCUCAAACUUCCGGUGGUAAUGCUGAGUUCUGUCAGUGACUUAUUGACAUACAUCGAUGAAAAGCAAUUGACACCUGAAUUCGGAGGCACCUUGGAAUAUUGCCAUAGCGAAUGGGUCAUCUUCAGAACGGCUAUAGAAAGCUUUGCACUCACAGUGAAGGAAACCGCUCAGAUGUUGCAGUCUUUUGGCAUGGAGUUAGCUGAAACACAACUGCCGGAUGAAACAUAUUCCAUUGAGCACAUCCUGGCUCUGCGGACAGAGAAAUACUAUCAGCUAAAGGAAGACAUCACUGCAGUAACCAAAGAAGGGAAGAUGUUGUUGUGUAGUUUAGAAGAGCCAAACAUGGACGAUCUAGAUCAGCAACAAGAGAGAUCCAGUGACUGGGAAACUGUCCAUCGUUUACUCACCCAACUGCACGAGAUGGAAACAGCUUUUGAUGGUUUCUGGGAGAAACAUCAGCUGAAGAUGGAGCAGUACUUGCAACUGUGGAAGUUUGAGAAGAAUUUCCAAGAGCUCAGUAAAGCCCUGGAAUUCUUGAUGGCCCAACAGCGGGAAUUGUCGGAUACGGGAGAAAACAUCGCUCAGGUGAAGCAAAGGCUCUCGGAGUUGGAUAACUUGGACCAAAGGGUACAGGAUGUAACAAGAAAGGCCCAAAUGGUGAUUCUUCACGGACAUCAAAUGGCGGCCAACCACCAUUAUGCCCUCAACUUGAUUUGCCAGCAGUGCAAUGAAUUGCGCCAUCAUUCGGACAUUUUGCUGGAAGAAAUCAAAAGUAAACACAACAGGCUCCAGCAAACAUUGGACCUCCUCACUUCUCUGCAGCAGGCCCUGGAAUGUUGUGAUGAAGGUGUGUAUCUUCUAGCCAACCAGCCAUUGGACAAAUGCCAGUCCCGGGAAGGGGCUCAGAAAGCUCUACAAGACAUCGAGAAGUUUCUUGACAGCUCUUCACUGCAUUUAAACAUAGAUCCCCAAGCCCUGUCUUCUAAUUUUCAUCUCAUCUUAACACCGGAACUCAAAGCUCGGAUACAGAUGGUCCAGAUCAAGCUGGAGAACGUGCGCAGCAUGUUUGAGAACCGGCAGGCUUGCUUCAGAAAACUUGCAGACAAGCAAGUCCGUCCAGUGCAGCUUGUAGCUCCCCGGCCAGAAUGCACAGCCCGGUUUAAAUCUCCGCUGUUUUCCCCCAGACAUGGCAAGAAAACUUCAAGGAAAUCUCAAAAUUCCCGCAAGAUUGAAGUCGUCCACAAUUACCAAGAGAAAAGAAAUUCCUUGCAGUAUUACAUCACGGAAAGUGAAGACAGCUUAGAUAUGUUGAAAAGCCACGUCAUACAUGAACUGAUACAAACUGAACGAGUGUACGUUGAGGAACUUUUCACCGUUUUGAUGGGCUACCGAGCUGAGAUGGAUAACCCCACCAUGGCCUUCCUCUUACCACCCCUUUUGAGAAGCUGUAGAGAUGUUCUCUUUGGAAACAUGCCUGAGAUCUACGACUUCCACAACAAUAUCUUCCUCCAUCAUCUGGAGAGUUGCCUUGAAGCUCCAGAGAGAGUUGGGUGCUGCUUCUUGGAAAGGCGGGAGGAUUUUCAGAUGUAUGAGAAGUACUGUCAGAAUAAACCACAGUCGGAAUCUCUCUGGCGACAGUAUGCCGAGAGCCUCUUUUUCCAGGAGUGCCAGAAGAAGCUAGAACACAAGCUCAGUCUAGAUUCAUACUUGCUCAAACCGGUGCAGAGAUUAACCAAAUACCAGCUGCUUCUCAAGGAGUUGCUGAAGUACAGCACAAGCUGCGAAGGUGUGCAGGAAUUGCAAGAAGCUUUAGUUGCUAUGUUGGAUUUGGUCAAGUCAGUCAAUGACUCCAUGCAUCAGAUUUCCAUCACUGGUUACGAUGGGGACCUGGGUGAGCUUGGCAAAGUCUUGAUGCAGGGCUCCUUCAGCGUGUGGGUGGGCCACCGGAAGGGCCCCACGAAGAUGAAGGACCUGGCUCGCUUCAAGCCAAUGCAGAGGCACCUUUUCCUCUACGAGAAAGCCCUGGUCUUCUGCAAGAAAAGGGAGGAGCAUUGUGACAGCUACGACAAGCGGUCAUCCUACAGCUUCAAGCACUUUCUGAAGAUGAAUGCUGUUGGGAUCACAGAAAACGUGAAGGGAGACCCUCGCAAGUUUGAGAUCUGGUACAGCGGCCGAGAAGAGGUCUAUGUGGUACAGGCACAAACCUUUGACUUGAAGAUGGCUUGGCUAAAUGAAAUCCGAAAGAUUUUGUUCAAGCAACAGCAGCUCAUCAAAGACCAAUACCCAGAUCUGGAUAUUGACAAUUUCCCCAUUUCUAACUGUGAGAAUGUUUGGAAAAAGCUGAGAGCUUCUGUAAGCUCAGAGGAGAACGAUUCUGAACAUACCAGCCCUGUUGCUGUGGAGAACUUAGCUUCCUCUACUUCGAGCAAACCCAGCAAACCUUGGACAGGCAUGUCCCAUUCAUUAGAAAUCUGUGAAGGUCUUGAAGAGUGGUCCAACCACCAUUACUUCUCAACCUGCUCCGACACUGAAGAAGAAGAUGGCAACCAACUGUCUCCAGGAAAAUAUAAAGCCUUAGCAGAUUGUAAGAAGAGAAACUCAGAUGAACUUCUGGUGAAGAACGGGGAUGUCAUUCAGCUCUUGCACGAAGAUGGAGAGGGUCAGUGGCUGGUCAAAAACCUCAACCGAAGUAAAGAAGGAUGGGUGCCCACCAACAGCCUGCAGAUAAUCCUCGGGGACUGUAGGUUUCGCAGCACCGGAGUCACAGGUAUCCCUGUGAUGACAAGUGACUUGCUCAUCUGA